AUGACCGCGACCAGGCUUAACGCAAAAUCCACGUUUGAAAGGGAUUUAGAACAACUUGACGAGCAAGAACAGGUGUCGUCGACUGGAGGGAAGCAUCGUCAGACAUGGGCACGACCUCAAGUACCUGUGAUCGACACUAAACGAGAUCCGAUUAUCUUCCAACAGCUUGAGGUUGACGACUAUAUCGAUUCGCUUAGAAGGCCGACCAUUCGUCUAUAUGGCUUAAACGAGUCUCAGCGUGGCAACAGUGUUCUAUGCCAUGUCACUGGCUUCUUGCCCUAUUUCUACAUUCCGGCUCCUGCGGGCUUUAAGGAAAAUGACGUACCGUCAUUGAUAAAAGCUAUAGAAACUGUAUUUAAGAAUGCAAUAGGGUUUGGAAACAAACUGCCCAUUACGAUCGAGAUACAUAUGAAAGAAAGCUCUGUUCAGUUCAACGGCUUGCGUGAAAUUACAUUCGAAAGCAACAUUUCGUAUGUUCUGCGUUUUAUGAUCGACUGUAAGGUUACCGGAGCAAAUUGGCUAGAAUUGCCACCUGGGACGUACAAAAUACGUGAAUCGUCUGCCAAAAUUUCAACCUGUCAGAUUGAAGUUGAAACAAGGUAUGAUCAAUUCGUGAGUUAUACGCCUGAGGCCGAAUGGUUGAAAAUCGCUCCGUUAAGAAUUCUGAGCUUCGAUAUCGAAUGCGCUGGACGGAAGGGUAUUUUUCCCGAACCAAAAGUGGAUCCGGUAAUUCAGAUUGCUAAUAUUGUAACUAUCCAAGGGGAAAGCAAACCUUUUAUCCGUAACGUUUUCACGCUUAACACGUGUGCUUCAAUUGUUGCAACCGAUAUUAUCGAAUUUGAUGACCAGAUCAAAAUGUUACACGCGUGGCGCGACUUCGUCUCUGAGGUCGAUCCGGAUGUUGUUAUUGGAUACAAUAUUUCUAAUUUUGACUUACCUUACCUGCUGGAUCGGGCCGCGCAUCUUAAUGCUAAAGAAUUUCCGUUCCUUGGUCGCAUUAUACACUCGAAGAGCGAAGCAAAAGAGACAACAUUUUCGUCAAAGGCUUAUGGUACACGAGAGAAUAAACAUACAAAUAUCCUUUGGUUGCAGCUUGAUCUACUUCAAGUAAUGCAGAGGGAUUAUAAACUCAGAUCUUAUACAUUGAAUUCGGUUUGCGCACAUUUCUUGGGGGAACAAAAGGAAGAGGUCCAUCAUUCAAUUAUUACGGAUUUACAAAAUGCCAAUAGUGAGACACGACGCCGACUGGCUCUUUAUUGUCUAAAGGACGCAUAUCUUCCACAACGACUAUUGGAUAAACUUCUUUGUCUAAUUAAUUAUAUGGAAAUGGCCCGCGUUACUGGCGUACCAUUUAAUUAUCUUCUUGCAAGAGGCCAACAGAUAAAAGUGUUAUCUCAACUUUUUAGGAAAGCCUUCGAACAAGAUUUAGUGAUUCCUGCUAUGAGACCGGAAGGAACUGAUGAUCCAUAUGAAGGAGCGACUGUUAUUGAGCCCAAAAAAGGGUAUUACGAUGUUCCCAUUGCAACACUCGACUUUAGCUCAUUGUAUCCAUCCAUCAUGAUCGCCCACAAUAUAUGUUAUACGACUUUGCUGAGCUCACAAGAUGUAGACGCUUUAAAAUUAAGGGCCGAUGUAGAUUAUAUUGUUACUCCUAAUAAUGCGCGGUUCGCAAAAAAGCAUCUACGUAAAGGAUUACUUCCUACCAUAUUGGAAGACUUACUCACUGCACGCAAAAGAGCAAAAGCUGAUUUAAAGAAAGAGACCGAUCCUUUUAAAAAAGCCGUGCUUGAUGGCAGGCAAUUAGCAUUGAAGCUUAGCGCAAAUUCCGUUUACGGAUUUACUGGGGCCACUGCUGGCAAACUCCCCUGCUUAGAGAUAUCAUCGAGCGUAACUGCAUACGGACGCCAGAUGAUUGAGAAGACCAAACAAGAGUUAGAAAAUCAGUUCACUCAAUCUAAUGGUUAUCAGCACGAUAUUGAAGUGAUUUAUGGAGACACUGAUUCUGUUAUGGUUAAAUUCGGCGUAAACGAUUUGAGGGAUACUAUGAGAUUAGGGAAAGAGGCAGCAGAUUAUGUGACUGCGAAAUUCAUAAAACCCAUAAAUUUGGAAUUUGAAAAAAUAUAUUAUCCAUAUCUUCUGAUCAGUAAAAAGAGAUAUGCUGGCCUUUAUUGGACAAAACCUGAAAAGUGGGAUAAGUUGGAUACGAAGGGUAUAGAAGUAGUACAAAAUGUGAUCGAAACAUGUCUUCGAAAAAUACUUAUUGACAGAGAAGUAAAAGGAGCAGAGGAAUAUGCAAAGCGCACUAUAGCCGAUCUUCUGCAAAAUAAAAUUGAUAUGUCUCAACUUGUGAUUACCAAAGCUCUUAGCAAGUCAGAUUAUGCGGGAAAGCAAGCGCACGUAGAAUUGGCCGAACGAAUGCGAAAACGAGACGCUGGUUCUGCCCCAACUCUUGGGGAUCGAGUGGCGUACGUAAUAGUGAAAGCAUCUAAAGGCGCCGCUGCUUACGAGAAAUCGGAAGAUCCGAUAUACGUCCUUGAAAAUAAUAUACCAAUCGAUACCAAAUACUAUUUGGAAAAUCAACUUUCUAAGCCGUUGUUACGCAUUUUUGAACCGAUAUUAGGGGACAGAGCUGGGUCUCUAUUGGCGGGAGAUCAUACACGCGUUAUACAAGUGGCGACACCCACAGUCGGUGGUCUAAUGAAAUUUGCUGUUAAGACUGCUACUUGUUUAGGAUGUAGGACACCUCUUUCAAAACAUGAAUCAGUAGUUUGUCGUCAUUGUCAACCGAAAACAGGCGAAUUAUAUCGAAAACAACUUGAUUCCGUUAACAAACUUGAAACUCGCUUUGCGAGACUUUGGACUCAGUGUCAACGAUGCCAAGGCAGCCUGCAUCAAGACGUCAUAUGCACAAACAGUAGCUGUCCAAUAUACUUUGCUCGAAAGAAGGCGCAGAAGGAUGUUCAAGACUCGACAACAGUUUUAGAGCGAUUUAAUUGUACUUGGUGA